AUGGCUGCUGUGCAAGUUGCUUGCUGGUUGCUUUCCGGGCAGCCGCGGGAGGCACCGCGAGAAUGAAUCCCUGAGCGAGGCAGUGGGUUUCGCCGCUUGUCUUCCAGGCUCUGUGCCCUGCGCCCGGAUGACAGCAGCUCCGCCCGCACCGAGAUCCACCUGCUCUUCGAUCGGCUCAUCUCCGAGAACUACAGCGAGAGCGGUGGCGUGGCCCCGGAGAUGAGGACAGAACAGUGUUUCCUGUCAUCUCAGGAGAAUCACCCCAGCCUCUUUGGAAUGCCAUUGAUUGUUCCAUGUACUGUGCAUACCCGGAAGAAAGACCUACAUGAUGCGGUUUGGAUUCAAGUAUCCUGGUUAGCGAGCCCACUCCCACCUCAGGAAGCUAGUAAUCAUGCCCAGGAUUGUGAUGACAGUAUGGGCUAUCAAUAUCCAUUCACUCUACGAGUUGUGCUGAAAGAUGGGAACUCCUGUGCUUGGUGCCCAUGGUCUAGAUUUUGCAGAGGCUGUAAAAUUGAUUGUGGGGAAGACAGAGCUUUCAUUGGAAAUGCCUAUAUUGCUGUGGAUUGGGACCCCACAGCCCUUCACCUUCGCUAUCAAACAUGCCAGGAAAGGGUUGUAGAUGAGCAUGAGAGUGUGGAGCAGAGUCGGCGAGUGCAAGCCGAGCCCAUCAACCUGGACAGAUGUCUCCGUGCUUUCACCAGUGAGGAAGAGCUAGGGGAAAAUGAGAUGUACUACUGUUCCAAGUGUAAGACCCACUGCUUAGCAACAAAGAAGCUGGAUCUCUGGAGGCUUCCACCCUUCCUGAUUAUUCACCUUAAGUGAUUUCAAUUUGUAAAUGAUCAGUGGAUAAAAUCAUAGAAAAUUGUCAAAUUUCCUCGGGAAAGUUUUGAUCCAAGUGCUUUUUUGGUACCACGAGACCCGGCUCUCUGCCAGCGUAAACCACUCACACCCCAGAGGGAUGAGCUCUCCAAGCCCAGGAUUCUGGCAAGAGAGGUGAAGAAAGUGGAUGCGCAGCGUUCGGCUGGGGAAGAGGAUGUGCUCCUGAGCAAAAGCCCAUCCUCACUCAGCGCUAACAGCAGCAGCAGCCCGAAAGGUUCUCCUUCUUCAUCAAGAAAUAGUGGAACCAGCUGUCUCAGCAAAAACAGCAGCCCUAAUAGCAGCCCACCAACUUUGGGGAGGAGCAAAGGGAGGCUCCGGCUGCCCCAGACUGGCAGCAAAAAUAAACUGUCAAGUAGUAAGAAGAACUUGGAUGCCAGCAAAGAGAAUGGGGCUGGGCAGAUCUGUGAGCUGGCCGAUGCCUUAAGCCAAGGGCAUAUGCGGGGGGGCAGCCAACCAGAGCUGGUCACUCCUCAGGACCACGAGGUAGCUUUGGCCAAUGGAUUCCUUUAUGAGCAAGAAGCAUGUGGCAAUGGCUACAGCAGUGUUCAACUUGGGAACCACAGUGAAGAAGACAGCACUGAUGACCAAAGAGAAGACACUUAUAUUAAGCCUAUUUAUAAUCUAUAUGCAAUUUCGUGCCAUUCAGGAAUUCUGGAUGGGGGCCAUUAUGUCACUUAUGCCAAAAACCCAAACUGCAAGUGGUACUAUUACAAUGACAGCAGCUGUAAGGAACUUCACCCUGAUGAAAUUGACACCGACUCUGCCUACAUUCUUUUCUAUGAGCAGCAGGGGAUAGACUAUGCACAAUUUCUGCCAAAGAUUGAUGGCAAAAAGAUGGCAGACACAAGCAGUAUGGAUGAAGACUUUGAGUGUGAUUACGAAAAGUACUGUAUGGUACAGUAAAGCUACCACUGUGGCUGCUAGACAGCUUGGUGGUGAGGGAGAUGACUCCUUGUAGCUGAUAGUUGGCAAAAGCAUCACUGAAAGGCAAGCUAAAUGUAGUUAUUUUAUCCUGUUAGAAUAAAAAUUCUAAUUAAAAUAGUUAACUUUAA